UUAAAUAUUUGUUUCUCUUCAAAUAUAACUUUUAGUUAAAUAUUUGUUUCUCUUCCUCUUUGAACAGUGAGGUUUAUUCUAAUCCCACCACGAGUGGCAUCCAUACAUUUUGGCGUCACUGCAAUUCAAAUUCCACUGUUCUGAUUAUCACCAUGAUUAUAAAAUUGACCCUACCAACAACAACCUCCCAGGUAGCAUUGCCGUUUUGUAAGCUUAAUUUUACUCCGGCGAGUGGUCUGGAGAAGAAGAGACUUAACCAACCCCGUUUUAUGAUCAACUUUGGGAAAUCAUCACUAUCACCGAUUUCACCGCCCCUGGAGAUCAUCAAUCAAAUUUCUGCAGCCACCAAGGGAAAGUUGGAAACUGUUAAUGGGAAACCAGGGAUUGUUGAGUCUGCAAGAUUGUUAAAGGAUGGACUUAUUUUCCAACAAAACUUUACAAUCAGAUCGUUUGAGAUAGGAAGUGAUUUCAGAAUAUCCAUUCAAGCCUUGAUGAAUUAUUUACAGGAAACAUCAAUCAACCAUCUCAAGAGUUUAGGAAUAGUGACUGAUACUUUCGGCUCAACAUUAAAUAUGGCUGCAGAAAACCUGAUAUGGGUGGUUUGUUGGUCGCAUGUGGAGGUGGAUUACUACCCUUCAUGGGGUGAUGUUGUUCAAGUAGAGGCUUGGAUGUAUAGGUCAGGGAGGAAUGGCUUUCGUCGAGACUGGCUGAUCCGAGACUUGAAAACAGGCAAAACUCUGAUUCGGGCAACCAGUUUAUAUGCGAUGAUGAAUAAGAAAACAAGGAAAUUUGCUAAGCUGAACGAGGAAGUCAUCACAGCAGACCUGAAACCUUUUUUCACGCACUGUGACCCUCUCAUCAACAAGGAUAGCAGGAAAUUUCUGCACCUCGAUACUGAUAAUGCAGAUUACAGUCGCACUGGUUUAAAUCCUGGAUGGAUGGAUAUGGAUGCCAAUCAACAUGUGAGCCAUAUCAAACUGGUUAACUAUGUUCUGGAGGGUGUUCCUCGCUCAUUUGUGGAGAGUCAUGAGCUUUGCGUCAUGACUUUGGAGUAUCGGAAGGAGUGCAAUGUGGAUAGUGUGCUACAAUCUCUAUCCAAAAUCAGUGGCAAUGAUCAGUUGAUAGAUAAUCAAGAAAUUGAGUUCGAUCAUUCGCUCCGCCUCGAGUGUGGACCUGAAUUAGUAAGAGGACGGACGAGGUGGAGAAAAAAGUUCUGUGGCAAGGACAAAGUUUCUGAAUAAAACCAUUCUACUCAUCAACCAAUAAAUUUGGAGGUUUUCUGAAAUAAUAUUUUUCCACUCUAGUAUCGGAAGUAAUAGAAGGCGCCUAAUAACGGUGUGUUAAUAGGAAAUCAACGCUUAUUUUGACAGAAUAAGCCAAUAAGGGUACUAUGAUAACUGCACCCAAAAAAUCAAUGAAAAGAAAAAAAAAAAAAAAAUAGUUUUGAA